UUUCACAAUUCACAAUACGUUUAUCAGUACUCUUAGGACUUUGAUGCGAAGUUUGGACUCGCUGCGACCUCCUUUGCGAUGGUUAUUUUGAAGAGAAAAAUAAGAAGAAGGAACAUAUAUUAGUUCUUAAAUGAAUGGUCAAGAAGGAAAUACUUAGCUGUACUAAAUUUCUACUUUCGGUUUGAUCCUUUUACAUGUGUAAUUUAUUAUCGUUAAUUUUAGUAACACGAUGUUCAAAGGACGACAUAUGUGAAAUUUAUUGCAGUUUUAGUUUUACUAUGAUUAAUUAUGUAGAGAUUUGUGGUAAGGGACAGUUAAUUGAAGCGAAGAUGAGGAAUCAAUGAGGAGGGACAUUUUCCAUUCAGUAGUAAAUAAUGGAGGAGGGAAAAAAAAUUUAGGAAGAAGAAAAGAUAAUGAAGAUAUAGUGUAAAAUUUUCUUAUUUUAACAAUGGCAUCAAACAUUCUGGCAGGUGAUCAAUUGAACUUUACUCGUAUGGGAAUAGCAAGUGUGGAUGAAAUAAAGGUCGUUUUAGCGGACAUUUUAAGAUGUGAGAUUAAACCCAAAGACAUGCCCAAAUCCAUAACUUCGUGUUCAGAAUUGACGACCGGGAGACACAAAUUGAGGCCAAAUCAUUUGAAACUUUGUUGCCCCUCCCCUCCUGCUGUACCUGACUACAACAAAUUUGAUGUUUCUUUGUUAUACACACUUAUACGAAACCUAUGUCCACAAUUAAAGCCAACUCAGGGUUGGGGUAAAACACCGUCUAUAACAGAUAUUCAAGUCGGAGAUGACAUCGAACGUCUUAGAGAGUUUAGAAACGAGAUGUUUGCACACUUGGACUCGUCUAGUGUGGACGAUGUCGUUUUUACAGCGAAAUGGCGGGAUUUAGAACAGGUAUUUCAGAGAAUGCAAAUUUUUCUUAUCUCAAAAGGAAUCUCAGUUGACUACAGUAAGAAACUUGCAAUCAUUGCGAAGAGUGACUUUGGUUUCGAGGAUAUGGAAAAGUAUAAAAUUAUUUUAGAAGGAAUUCUGCAUAUUUUAAAAGAGAAUGGUAAUAAUUGUGGUCCUUCAAUAACGAUACAUGGAAAUGAUGAGGUUUUCUUUGGCGAAAAAACCUGCUUUCAGGCUAUAUUAGACCGAUGUUCACCCUCCAAUAACUGGCCAAUCACGUGGGAGAAAAUACAGGGAAAUAUAACAGAACAACUCGAUACUAAUAGACAGAAGUACAGGGGCAGUUCCAGUAGAUGUUUAGUGAUAGCAGACGUAUCAAAGGAAGAUGAGGGGGAAUACAGAGCCGUCAUUUCUAGAGAGAACAACGGGACACACAUAAAAGUACCUAGCAAUUGCAAGCGACUGACAGUGAUUGGAGAAAUUCCAACAAUUACCAUGCCACAGGAAGUAGAAGUUCCUUUUGGGUCAACAGCUGUUCUUCAACCCAUGAUACAGGCCUUUCCAGAUAUUGAGGCCAUAGAAUGGCAAAAGAGCAGACGUAUGGAUCCGAACGCAGAGGAAUUUGAAAUCAUUGAUGUAACUAGCCCCAAAUAUUCCAGAAGCACACUGGAUCCUAAACAUCCGAAGUUAAUCAUAAAUGAAACGACAUUUGAUGAUAAUCUUUUCUUUCGACUUGUAGUAGUAAAUAAGGUUGGAAGAUCCAGUAGCUGUACAUUUCUACAUGUUACUGGGUCUCCCCCGAAUGUCUUCAUGAUACACGAUACUGAUUUUCAAAACCAAAGCGUAACCUUGAUUUGUAAAGUUCUUAGUGAUAGCUCUCAUCCUCUGACAGGAAUAAUGUGGACAAAAGAUAACAAUAAAAUAGAUAUUUCAUGUGGUGAAGGAAAAUAUACAGGAGGUGGACCUGACAACCCAUCGCUUGAAAUCAAAAACGUAAAUGCUUCUGAUGCUGGCAUAUAUCAGUGUUGUGCGUCCAAUAUCGUUGGAACAACCCAAAGCGAAAAAGUUACUAUAGCUUUACCAAAUGUUAAACUAUUAAUUAAGGAAAAAGACGUUGAAAAUGGAGUUCUAAUGUUGCAAGCUUCCAUCAAGUCAAUCCCAGAUGCAUUUAAAGUUCAAUGGAAAGCACAAAUAACUCCUCAUGAUACAUUCCAACCGAUAAAUUUACACGAAGAAACCUAUAGGGGAACCACAAUCUCUCUUCCAAACCCACUGCUCAUUGUUAAAAACUUCAACAACUCCAAGUACUUGGAAACAUAUAGCGUGGAAGUUACUAAUUUUAUUGGUAUCAAAGUUGUUACGACUCAAGAUGUUCUGACAGGAGAACAAUUAACAGAAGAAAACAAUGAUGAACUUUUAGAUGGUGCCAAUUUGGUCAUAUAUAAGGACAGUGGUGCUAAAAUAAGAUUUAACAAUUUACGACGCGCCUUAAUAAAAGGAAUUUCAGAACAGGAAAUGACAAUUCUCAAAGACACGUUAAAAGAGAUGGGUUCAUUGGAUAUAGAAUCUCUUAACAGUGGAAAGAGUGUUACAGAAUUCGUAAAUGUACUGAAAUAUAAGAAGGUUUUCACGGACCGAGAUGUGAUAACAAUGCAGUACUUAAUGAGGGUUAUAGAGCGACCAGAUCUUGAAAAGAAAUGCAUAGAUUACGCCACCAGUAGGAAGGAGAGAUUGUGUUAUUUUCAAGAAGAAAACCACACUGAUGGAUGUACACUUGUCAAGCUACAUGUGAUGGAUGACAUAGAAAACUUCACAAAGUUGGAUUCCUUGAUUGAAACCGUAGCGGCCAUUGUAGAAUGUGAUCCUAAAUUUAUAAAAGUCGUUGGCAUCCUUCGGGAAAACAGUUUCAAUGUCGUUUUAGAAGUUGAAAAGAAACUGGCGCAAUCACUUUUAAGUAAAACGGCAAACGAAAUGCUUAAACUAGCAGAGUAUAAAGUUGAUGCAAUAGAAAUAUACGGAUAUAAAAUCACUUUUGAAAAAGAAGACUAUGACUUAAGACUACAAGACUUAGACGUUGCAGGACAAAAUUUGAAUGAAGUCAAAAGCUUUUUAUCUGGUCCAUGUACAAAUCUGUUUCGUAAAAUCCUUCGAAGAUAUGUCCAAGAUGAGGAUUUCGUAACAACGAUAAAAAAGUCCAAAGAUCAAGUAUUACCUUUAAUUAAUGUCGAUCAACACAAAAUGCUUUAUCCCAAGAAAGGAUCAUUCUCUGGGAGUUACGAAAAUUUAGAUCUGCCUCUUCUAUACAUCUUAUUCCAAACUAUUUGCUUCAUGGAACCCCAUAGCAGAGGAUGGGGUAAAACGCCAGAUCCAUCGGACACCUCAAUGGCCGCCUGCAUUGAGAAUAUUAUGGAUAUUUACAGAAAAUACUUUACUUACCCUCCGUUGUGUUUGGAGCGAUCAGAUUUUGAACAAAUUUUUAAAGUUUUUGAAAACUUGGAAGAAGCACUUAAAAAUCUAGAAAUGAAUAGUGUCGAAAAAUAUAUUGAAAGAAGGGCCAAAGAAGAAAUGGAAAGAAGAUCAAAAGAAGAGAGGGAUAUCUUCAGAAAGGGAACGGAAAAUAGAGUCAAAGGCGAGAUGGACAUCUUCGAAGAGAAAAUGUCACAAAGAGCCUCAGAAGGGACAGAUAUCUUCAAAAUGGAAUUGGAAAGGGGAACCAAAGAAAAGAAGGAUAUCUUUAAAAAGGGGAUGGAAAGAAGUACCAAAGAAGAGAAAGAUAUCUUUGGAAAAGGAAUGGAAAUAAAAGAUAAAAUGGACACCGUAGGAGAGAAAAUGUCACAAGGAGUAAAAUCAGUGAAAGAUAUCUUUACAGAUUAUUAUCAAGGUUUGAAAUUGAAAAUGGAAACCACAGAAAAGACAGAUAUCUUUACAAAGAUAAUGGAAAAAAGUAACCAAGUAGAGAGAGAUAUCUUUAGAAAAGAAAUGAAAAUAAAAACCAAAGAAAGGAAUAUCUUAUUUGAAAAGCUAAUGAACAAAAGUCAUAAAGAAGAUACAGAUAUCAUUAAUAAGGGAAUGGAAGGAAGAGUCAAAGGGAAAAUGGAAAGAAUAGAAAAAGAGCAAAAUCUUCCGGGGAAAUUCAGAGGUAAUAGCAUAAAAUGUGUUUGUGUCAUGCAGGCCUGUAGGAAUCAAUUCAGCUGGGGACAGUAUCAACUAUCAAAAUGUCACUGGCACACAAAAAAAAUCGUCAGACGUUUUAAUUAAUGGGGCACUAUACUAUACAUAUACUAGCUACUGUUUCUAGAGUAUACAUAAGAUCGGCAAAAUUUCGAUACUACAGUAUACGUUGCAUGUAUAGACCCCCUAAAUACAUCUUUCAAUGAAAGAUGAUGAAAUUUAUACUGCCCUAAGACAGACAAAAAUACCUAAAA